GAGUCAGUGCCUCUCCGGGCCCCGCGCCGUCAGCCUCGUGCGCAUACCGCUGCUCCCGUCGCCGCAGCUGUCCUUCUAGCAGGGGUCGCUAGCUCGGACUGUGUGUGUGUGUGUGUGUGAGAGAGAGAGAAAGAGAGAGACUGUCUACCUACACACUCGCGACGAACAUUCAGUGCGACUCGUUCUCCCAUCGCCUGCGCCGGUUGUUCUCCGCGAUAUCGUUGUUACACGUAUACGCAGAUUGACAAGUGCGCCGACGCCAUCUUGCUGCUGGCCCGAUGAAGGGGUAGAGGAUACGCGUAGAGAGGAAGGUCAGUGCGAAGCGAGCGGCGAGUGGAGAGGUUGCUGCGCACACUAGUAUAUAGACUGCCUCGUGGGCGCGGAUAACGGCGAGCCCUCAAGAUUACCCGAAAGUCGACCGGGUGCGAGGCACGCGGCGCCGGGGGGCUCGAGAUUGCGCCGAGCGCGAUGCAGAGACCGGCCGCCGCUGGCGGUGGGCCCGGGCCCAUUGGCCUACAGGGCCCGCCCAGGUCAAUCAAGAUCUCGCCGGUCAAGAUACAGGACGAGCCCGGCGAUCCCAUGUCUCAGAAGAGCAGAAGUUCGCUGUGCGUCGGUUGCGGCGGUCGUAUCCACGACCAGUGGAUCUUGAGGGUAGCCCCGGACCUCGAGUGGCACGCAGCCUGCCUAAAAUGCGCCGCCUGUCAGCAGUUCCUCGACGAGAGCUGCACAUGCUUCGUCCGCGACGGCAAGACCUACUGCAAGGACGACUACGUUAGGUUAUUCGGCACCAAGUGCGACAAGUGCAGGCAGUCGUUCAACAAGAACGACUUCGUCAUGCGAGCCAAGACCAAGAUCUACCACCUGGAGUGUUUCCGCUGCUCGGCCUGCAUGAGGCAGCUCGUCCCGGGCGACGAGUUCGCUCUGAGGUCCGACGGCCUCUUCUGCCGGCACGACCACGACGCGCUCGAGGGUGAGAAGAUCUGCGGUGGCGGUGUACCCGCCGGAAUACCCGGCAACGAGAACAACAACAACGCCAAUCUCACCAACAACAAUCACCACCUGCAUCCGAACGACGGAUCGCUGUCGGAUUCCGGCUCGGAGAGCGGCUCGCACAAGACGGUGGGCGGCGCGCGGGGCGCAGCGGGCCACAAGGGCGGCGGCUCCGACGGCAAGCCGACGCGCGUGCGCACCGUGCUGAACGAGAAGCAGCUGCACACGCUGCGCACUUGCUACGCGGCCAACCCGAGACCCGACGCUCUCAUGAAGGAGCAGCUCGUCGAGAUGACGGGAUUGAGUCCGAGGGUCAUCAGGGUCUGGUUCCAGAACAAGCGCUGCAAGGACAAGAAGAAGACCAUCGCUAUGAAGCAGCAGAUGCAGCAGGAGAAGUAUUUCCCGUUUCAGGACGGGCGCAAGUUGGGCUUCGGAGGUAUGCACGGGAUACCCAUGGUGGCGAGCAGUCCCGUCAGACACGAGAGCCCCAUCGGGAUGACGCCGCUCGAGGUGCAGGCUUAUCAGCCGCCCUGGAAGGCUCUGUCGGAUUUCGCGCUGCAUACUGAUCUGGACAGGCUCGACCCGAACGCGCCUUCCUUCCAUCAUCUCGUCUCGCAGAUGCACGGCUACGACAUGCACGGCGGUGGCGGACCACCGCAGCAGCUGCCUCCCCCGGGUAUGUUAUCCGGUCCGAUGGGCGACGGUGGCGGUGGCGGUGGUGGACCUCUGCCCCCUCCGGGACCUCACCAUCCUGGCGGCGGUAACGGACCCGGACCAGACAUGGGUCAGCAUCCCGACAGCACCGACAGUUACGUUACUUACCUCGAGAGCGAUAGCGACUCGCUCCACCACGACACCGGCAGCCCAUAGUGCCGCCCGCUGAAUCUCAGGUGCGGAUACACUGGUACUGCUCCGGCGACGGCUGCCGGCAACUUCCUCAUGCAGUAGGAAACCGAAGAAGAUUCAGUUUCGGUUCUGCAGCGCGGUAGGAUCUGUGAAUCAUGGCAGCGGUCUAUUUGAAUUUCGCUGGCUUUCUGAUUUGUUAUUUCAGAACGUCGUCGAUAAACGCUGAAUGACAAAAAAGUAGCGAACGACGCGAUGUCGUCGAGGCUGCUUUAAAAAGAGCGGAUCAGAAUUCGAUGAUAUAACGGGAUCUGCCGCUCUUUCGAAAUUAAAUUAUUUUAUUGUGAUUCGCUCCAGUGAUUCGAGUGCACAACUUGGGCAGGAGCGUGUAUCCUGAAGUCUCGGAAAAAAGAUUGUUAACGAGAGUGUGUUUGAUGUUGUUAUAUAGUAAGCUUCUGACUUGAUGAGAAUUUUGCUCUUUAAGCGAAUCAGAAGAUAUAUAUGAUGAUUAUGUUGACAUUGUUUUGUAAAAUUUCAUUUUUUUUCUCUUGAAAAAUGUUUAUUUUUGACAACGAGUAAAUGACGAUCUCGUGGAAGUAUUAUAUUCACGAAAUUGUAUGAACCGAAAACUAGGUAUUAUUAUACGAUAGGAUUCAGUGGGGAUUAGAAAUUAGCGUUAUCUUAUCGUACUUCGAUUUCUUUGAUAAAGUGUACAUUUAAAAUGGACGAUCGAGGUUCUUUGUUCGUGUAAUGCAGACCAACGAAUCAUGAUUUUUGCGCAUGCAAUUUCAUCACCCUAACAAUACCUGUUGUUCACUUGUUAAACGAUUGUUCGACGCUUAAUUUAUGUUGCCACGAUAUUCGUUCUCCCUUACUCCGUGGAACGCUGUACAUAUACGAGAUGAUGAAAAAAAAGCUGUAAAUAAUUAUUUUAUUCGAGGAAUCAAUGUGUUGACGAAGAGAAUAAGAAAAGAAUACGACGGAUGUGUACCUUCGCGUCGAAAAUAUUUUAGCAACUUCGCGUAUGUCGUGAGAAACAAAGCCACAUUCUAUCAUGAAUGUUUACGUACUGUUCGACGUGCGUUGCAUCGUCAGCCAAGCAGAACAAAUACCAAAGCGAGCGCAGUGAAAUCCUUUGUAAAUAGACGCACAUCAUAGAUGCGUGAACUCUGGGAGAAGUGUUCACGUCUCGACUACGACGAUGACGAUGAACGAAUGAUAAUAAGAAAGAAGUUAUAUUGCGGAAUUGUCUCUUCUAAUGCUGUAUAUUAUACGCGAUUUAUGCAACAUUGUCAUUUUAGGUAAAAUUUCCCGAAUUUCUUCGAGUAAUUUCGGAAUUUGUAUGAUAUUUCUAUACAGGCACAGUGUACGUAAUAAAAAAAAAUUCUCGAAAUUAAAA